AUGUACAACACAACAACCGCCGAUGUCAACUCCUCCCUGCUGUGUCAUGAUGACGUCAUUGACGGCCCGACCCUGGACCUGGUCAGUGUCCUGCUGCAUGUAGGGGUCAACGGGGUCAUCGCCCUCUGGGGGGUGGUGGCCAACAUCUUGAACAUCAUCGUCUUCAAGAAACAGGGCACGAGAGAGUCCAUCACCAUCAGCCUCCUGGUUCUAGCGGUCACUGACCUCCUCAACUGUCUGUUCCUCCUCUGGGAGAGUGUCUGCCUCAACCCUCUUUUCCUCUCCGCUGGCCUCCCGUUCGUCGCUCGAGACAUCGAUCACUUCACUUCCGUUAUGCCUCGUGGGGUCAGCGUUCGAAUCUCGUGGUGGAUCAUCACCUUGACCAUCUUAGAGAGGUGCCUCUGUAUCGCCCUGCCCUUGAAGGUCAAGCACAUCGUGACCAGGAGAAGGACCAUCACGGCGCUGGUGACGAUCAGCCUGCUGACCACCGCCAUCAUGAUGCCGCUGUGGCUGAGCAGCCGCCUGACGCCCCAGACCCAGGGGAACAGGACCGUCCUGGCUCGGGUACCCGCGGCCAACAGCAAGCUGCUGAACGACGUGUCCUACUUCAUGAACCUGGUCUGGCAGCUGGGCGCCUACCUGCUGACCAUCGUCUGCACGGCCGUCAUGAUACGACAGCUGAGGUCACUGACCAGCUGGCGCUGCCAUGGCAGUCACGUGACACAGCGUCACGUGCUCCGGAAGCUGACGUCACGGGACAUGCGAGCCGCCAAGGCCGUGACCUUUGUCUCGUGUGUCUACAUCACGUGCGCGUUCCCCAGCUGCGUCAUCUUCCUGCUGGAGCUAUCCCUCAGCUGCUCCCAGCAGAACCUCUACUUCCUGCUCUGGGCCGUGGCCUUCACCUUGGAGGCCAUCAACAGCGCCGUGCACAUUUUUAUUUACUACCACUUCCAUAUCAUCCUGCAGCAAGUCUUUGGUUUAAUUCAGGCAUUUGUACUGGUGAAGAAAACUAUAGAGUAA